ACAAUGGAGGCUUGCAUGCCACAUUGUCACACCACUUGUUGUUACUAUCCCUUGGACCUCUUCUCCACCUUUCACCAUCCAAAGCAUAUUGAUAUUUCUGAGCAAGACAGCUAAUUCGGAUGUAUAUUUGUGGACUAUCCUUGUUAUCGUUUAACGAGAAGGUAAGAUAGAGACCAAUACUCUGCAGCCUCAGAACUAGAGAAGGAAGACAAUCUCCUGAAGGAAUCAAGAAAUUCCGGCAAGUUGGACUUUCGAAGAUGGAUUUUUAAACUACGGAGUCUUUUUCGGGUUCUAUCUCAGUCGAUCUAGCUGCUUUAUGCCCUUAUCGUCUUCAUCGCACGAUUUCCGCUUGAUCUUCAGAUUCAGAAGCUCCGGCUAACUCAGCGUUGGUCCUUGGUUUUGUUUUCAGUUCUUCAGGGACGAAAGGCUGUGACAGAAAUCAACAAGGAGUUGAUUGAUAAAAACAAAACUAUGAGGACUUAAUUACAAAUUCCAUGAAAGUAUGAGGACGUGUAAAUAUCUACAUGGCAGUGAGGAUACUACACUUCAGCACCAGGCAUUGUUCUAUUAGCGUGCCUUCGCCGCGAUUCCCUACUCGUUUAUCUCAUCGAUCCAUUCCUUUUAAACGCGUCUCUUCGCUCUCUAAAAGAUUUCGGGUAGUUUUAGCAAUGGAUGGUGCAAAAGCUGAUGCACCUAAGGAAACGCCACUGGGUUUGGAUAAUAUGACUGAGGAAGAAUAUGCUUAUCAGUCUAAGUUACUUCUGGAAUUCAAUAGCAUCUCCAAUAUUGACAACGCAUGGAUUUUUAAUUCUGACAGUGCACUGCCCGCUCAGGGAAUGUUUUGUAUUAGCCAACCAAAUCUUCUGGCAAACAAGAGAAAGAAGUUCAUACUAUCCUCUACAAUAUCUAAAGGAAGUAACAGCUCUGUAGAAUUUCAUUGGGCUCCAUUUCCCAUAGAGAUGUCUGGAGCAUCUAAAGUUGUUCCAUCACCUUCUGGCUCAAGACUUCUGGUAGUUCGAAAUCCUGAGAAUGAAGGUUCUUCUCACCUUGAAAUAUGGAAUUCAUCUCACUUGGAAAAGGAAUUCCAUAUCCCCCAGUCAGUGCAUGGCUCAGUAUAUACUGAUGGAUGGUUUGAGGGAAUCUCUUGGAACUUGGAUGAAACUUGUAUAGCAUAUGUAGCUGAAGAGCCGUCCCCUGCAAAGCCUGCUUUCAACGAUCAGGGCUACAAGAAAGGUGGUUUGACAGACAAGGAUAGCGGGAGCUGGAAAGGUCAAGGGGCUUGGGAGGAGAACUGGGGAGAAACAUAUUCAGGAAAGAGGCAACCUGCGCUUUUUGUUAUAAGCAUCAAAAGUGGAGAGGUACAAUCUGUCAAAGGAAUUGACAAAUCUUUAAGUGUUGGACAAGUUGUGUGGGCUCCAUCAGCACAAUAUUUAGUAUUUGUCGGAUGGUCAUUUGAGACAAGAAAACUUGGUAUGAAGUACUGUUAUAAUAGACCUUGUGCAUUAUAUGCUGUUAGAGCCCCCGACCAUGAUUCAAAUGCUAAUGAAACAGAGAUUCAGUCAACUGAAGAUUUCCAGGCACUAAACCUAACCCGGACUAUAAAUAGUGCUUUCUCUCCACGAUUCAGCCCAGAUGGGAAGUUCCUUGUGUUUUUAUCUGCAAAAAGUUCAGUGGAUUCUGGAGCCCACUCUGCAACAAAUUCACUCCAUAGAAUUGAUUGGCCCUCUGAUGUGAAGCAGUACAAAUCUGUAAAAGUUUAUGAUGUGAUUCCUGUUGUGAUGUGUGCGGAGGAUGGUUGCUUCCCUGGGCUGUAUUGUUCAACUGUCCUUUCUAAUCCUUGGCUUUCUGAUGGGUGCACUAUGAUUUUACCGUCUGUUUGGUGUAGCUGUCAGGUUUUACUUUCAGUGAAUGUGUCGAGUGGAGAAGUAUCACGUAUCACCCCUGCUGACUCAGAUUUCUCAUGGAGUCUUCUUGCAUUGGAUGGGAACAAUAUUAUUUCUGUUUUGAGUAGCCCAGUAGAUGUUCCUGAAAUCAGCUAUGGCACCAUUAUUGAGAAGAAAAAUAAUGCUAAAGCAUGGAGUUGGUCAAAUGUACCAAGUCCCAUAUUCAGAUGCUCUGACAAGGUGAGAUCCUUGCUGUCCUCUCUUCAGUUCAGUGUAAUGAAAAUCCCCGUGAAAGUUGCUUCUGACAACCUAACCAAAGGUGCUAGGAAGCCUAUUGAAGCUAUAUUUGUGUCAUCAAAAACCAAGAAAAAUGAUGCAUGUGAUCCCCUAAUUGCAAUCCUUCAUGGGGGGCCGCACGCUGUCUCAGUUUCAAGUUUUUCAAAGUCACUGGCUUUCUUAUCUUCUCUUGCUUAUAGUUUGUUGAUUGUAAAUUACAGAGGUUCGAUAGGAUUUGGUGAGGAAGCAUUACAAUCUCUUCCUGGAAAAGCUGGUUCUCAGGAUGUUGAAGAUGUUAUCACUGCCGUAGAUCAUGUCAUUAGCUUAGGACUUGCCAGUCCAUCAAAGAUUGCAGUGCUGGGUGGUUCGCAUGGUGGCUUUCUGACAACCCACCUAAUUGGCCAGGCACCAGAGAAGUUUGUUGCGGCAGCUGUGAGAAACCCUGUUUGUAACCUUUCAUUGAUGGUUGGUAUAACUGAUAUCCCUGACUGGUGCUAUGUGGAGUCCUAUGGAAUAGCUGGCAUAGGUAAGUAUACAGAAGCACCUUCAGAAGAGGAUCUCACUCUUUUUUACAGCAAGUCUCCAAUUUCACAUCUCUCGAAGGUAAAAACACCAACGCUUUUCCUAUUCGGUGCACAAGAUCUUCGUGUUCCGAUUUCUAAUGGAUUGCAAUAUGCGAGGGCCCUAAAGGCCAAAGGAGUUGACACCAAAAUAAUAGUGUUUCCCAAUGAUGUUCAUGCAAUUGACAGGCCACAAUCUGACUUUGAAAGCUUCAUUAAUAUUGGUGUAUGGUUCAAGAAGUAUUGUAAAUGAGCAGGCAUUUUCUAAAUGCCUUCUGAAUUUGGCUAUUGUUUUACUUGAUCUUGCCUUAGGAAUAUUGCGAUACAAACUCUAUAUCAACUUUUUCCUCAACUGUUAUUUUCCCCCUUCAAUUCUUUCCCCUUUUCUGUGACAUCAUAGUCUGGGAUAUGAAUGGAUCAUAAUAUUUGUCAUUAUUCUCGAGGUAUUAAAACCUGCGUUAUGCCAGCCGAUGGUGAGAUUUUUUA